GUCAUUUAUCAAAUGUGCUUACUGUAGUCUAAAAUAUAUUUUUAUAUUUUCAAUAUAUUUUAAUAAAAUAAUACAUUUUGUAAAAAUAAUGGAUUUGUCAAUCAUUUCACUGACGGUGCAAGACAUCCGAUUUCCCACUUCUUUGAGUGGCGAUGGAUCUGAUGCUAUGCACACGGAUCCCGACUAUUCGUGCGCUUAUGUCAUCUUAAAGACCGCGAGAAAUGAUUUGGAGGGACACGGCUUGACAUUCACCAUAGGAAAGGGAACAAACGUUGUGGUGACUGCUGUGCGUGAGCUAGAACAUCUAGUUGUGGGUAAAAGGUUGGGCGAUAUAUACAGCAAUUUCGGUGAAUUCUGGAAAUCUCUUGCCUGUCACUCACAAAUCCGUUGGAUUGGUCCCGAAUGCGGUGCCCUUCAUAUGGGUACCGGAGCUCUUGUUAACGCUCUGUGGGAUCUAUGGGCUAAGAUUGAGGGCAAACCCCUUUGGAAACUUUUGUCUGACUUAGAGCCCGAGCAAUUGGUUUCUUGUAUUGACUUUCGUUAUAUAACUGAUGUCUUAACCAAAGAGGAAGCCAUCAAUAUCUUGAAAAAGAACAAACAAUAUAAACAGCAAAGAGAAGCAGAACUUUUGGAAAAAGGAUUCCCGGCUUACACUACAGCGGUCGGUUGGGUUGGGUAUGACGAACAGAAACGAAGGGAGUUGUGUCGACAAUAUCUCAACGAUGGUUACACCAGAUUCAAGGCCAAAGUGGGCACCAGUAUAGAGGAGGACAGAAAGAGAUUGACUAUAAUUCGUGAAGAGAUUGGUUGGGACUCAAUACUGAUGGUCGACGCCAACCAGAAAUGGGAUGUCAACGAAGCCAUCGAAUGGAUGAAACAGUUGACUGACUUCAAGCUCUUAUGGAUCGAAGAGCCCACUCAUCCACACGACGCGUUAGGACACGCGACCAUCUCGAAGGCUCUGGCGCCGUAUGGCAUAGGAGUGGCCACUGGAGAGCAGUGUCCCAACAGAAUUAUAUUCAAACAACUGUUUCAGUCAAAGGGAUUCCAAUUCUGUCAAAUAGAUUCGUGUCGUGUGGGCGGAGUCAAUGAAAAUCUGGCCACUAUUCUAAUGGCCCAUAAAUUCGGAAUUCCCGUUUGUCCGCACGCGGGAGGCGUUGGACUUUGCGAAUAUGUUCAGCACUUGUCAAUGUGGGACUUCGUGGCAGUGAGCGGUUCCAUGGAGAACAGGAUGACUGAAUACGUGCACCAUUUGAACGAACACUUUGAAAACGCUGCCUCAGCUAAAGCGGGCCGGUAUUUGGCGCCCAAACAGCCCGGAUAUUGUUGUCACUUAAAGGAAGAGUCGCGUAAAGUAUAUGAAUUCCCGAACGGAACUUAUUGGUCACAAAAGCAAUAAAAAUAAUAGUAAUAACUGUUAUUAUUUAGAAUUAAAUAUACAAAAUAGUGAUAAAAGUUUAUUAAAUCAGUAGUUAAUCCUUAAUUAAAGAAAUCGCU